UGUCAACGGGCCGACUAACCUGCAAGAGCCUACGUCACGAUCAGUAUUUUUUAUGUCUCUCCCUUGAGCACGUGUGGAUUGACGUAUGGUAGACCAGAUUUUUUUACAAUUCUAUUAACAAUCCUAAAUCAUGACGAGUACAAGCGCCGAGGAGGACGUUAAAGUGUUUCAAUCGCUCGGAUUGAGCGAACAGAAGGCCAAGGAGACCCUGAAGAAUGUACAAGUGUCGAAACAUUUGAAAUCCGCCAUUGCCGAAGCUAAUAAGUAUGGUGUUAUUAACCCGGAUGUUGGCACAUUACUGUACCAUCUAGCAUCUAAAAUAAAGCUCCAGAUUUCGCACAACAUAGCUCUUCUCUCAAAGUUAGUCGCAGAACGAAAGCUAGAUACAACUCAACGGAUAGACGCUGCAUUGGAGUAUUUAUUACAAAAUAUCGAAGGUACUGUAAGUGUGGAAAAAUUGGAAAAGCACUGCGGAGUCGGGGUUGUUGUAACUCCGGAAGAAAUUGAACGUGAAGUUGAGAUAUUGAUAAAGAAACACAAAGAUGAAAUUUUGGAAAAAAGAUACCGAUUCAAUUCUGGUCCUCUUAUGCAAGAGGUACGUAAAAUUCUCCAAUGGGCAGAUGGAAAGGCUGUCAAAAGUGAAAUUGAAAUCCAGCUACUCAUUCUCCUUGGACCUAAAUCGGAAACUGAUCUAGCCCCAGUGUCUAAACAAAAGCAAGUCAAAGCAAAGCCAGCUGUAAAGAAAAGUGAUAAGAUGGAUGAAAAAAAAGAGAAAAUUGAAGAAGAGAAAUCAUCUGAGGCCCGAACAAUAAGCGAGUUGAUGAAAACUAAAGUUCAUUUUCAUAAACCUGGGGAAAAUUAUAAGACUGAGGGAUAUGUUAUUACCUCUAAUACUCAUAAUCUUUUGAAAGACCAUUUGAAAGUUACCGGAGGUAAAGUCAGGACAAGAUUUCCACCAGAACCUAACGGGAUUCUUCAUAUCGGUCAUGCAAAAGCCAUAAACAUCAACUUUGGCUAUGCAGAAGCCCACGAUGGAGUCUGUUAUCUACGUUAUGAUGAUACGAAUCCUGAAAAAGAAGAAGAGAAAUUUUUCAUCGCCAUUCGGGAAAUGGUAGAAUGGCUUGGAUACAAACCGGCAAAGAUCACUUAUUCAUCUGAUAAUUUUCAGCAGUUAUACGAAUGGGCUAUAAAACUUAUAGAAAAAGGUCUUGCAUACGUCUGUCAUCAAAAAAGUGAAGAAAUGAAAGGAUUCAACCCACCACCUAGUCCGUGGCGCGAAAGACCGAUCUCCGAAAGUUUACAAUUAUUUCAGGAUAUGAAAAAUGGGAAAUUGGAAGAGGGUGAGGCUACAUUGAGAAUGAAAUUGACUUUGGAAGAAGGUAAACAAGACCCGGUUGCCUACAGAAUAAAAUAUUUUCCGCAUCACAGAACCGGCGAUCAGUGGUGUAUUUAUCCUACGUACGAUUACACACACUGCCUGUGUGAUAGCUUGGAGAAUAUCACUCAUUCUCUUUGUACAAAAGAAUUUCAAUCGAGGAGGUCCUCGUACUAUUGGCUAUGUAACGCACUGGAUAUCUAUUGCCCGGUACAAUGGGAAUAUGGAAGAUUGAAUGUUGGAUAUACAGUGGUCUCAAAGAGAAAAAUUGCUAAACUAAUCGACGAAGGAUUUGUGAACGAUUGGGAUGAUCCAAGAUUAUUUACUUUAACAGCCUUACGGCGGCGAGGCUUUCCUGCGGAAGCUAUAAAUAACUUUUGCGCUCAAAUGGGAGUAACCGGUGCUCAAGUGGUCGUUGAUCCAGCUGCUCUGGAAGCAGCGGUUAGAGAUGUCCUCAAUAUCACCGCACCUCGAAUGAUGGCUGUUUUAAAUCCCGUCAGAGUGACGAUUAGUAACUAUUCUGAUGAAGGCCCACGUACAAUAAAUGUCCCAGAUUUUCCUAGUGAGCCAGAAAAGGGUCGUCAUGACAUCAUUUUUGAUGAUACCGUUUACAUAGAGGAAUCUGAUUUUAAAGAGAAUGCUGAAAAAGGGUUUAGGCGGUUGACUCCGAAUCAAUCUGUUGGAUUGAAACACGCUGGUGUUGUUAUUACCUUGCAAUCUGUGGAAAAAGAUGCCUCUGGUAAUAUUACCAAUUUGAUUGUCAAGCAACAGGCUGUAUCAGAUACAAAUAAACCCAAGGCAUUUAUACACUGGGUAGCUAAACCAUCAUUAGCAUCCGUCAGAUUAUACGAGCCUUUAUUCAGACAUAAAAAUCCUGAAGAUCAAAACGAAGUUCCCAACGGAUAUUUGAGUGAUAUCAAUUCACAGAGCAAAAAAGAAGUCGUUGGGUAUGUUGAUGCAGGAAUAUUGGACAACGCGAAGCCUUUUACUCAAUAUCAGUUCGAAAGAAUUGGUUUCUUCUCUGUUGAUCCUGACACUAAACCUGGAAAGCUUGUGUUCAACAGAACGGUCACUUUGAAAGAGGAUUCUGCAAAGGUUUAAAAAGAAUUAGUUUUUUUCUAUUAAUAUGUAAUAUAAUUGUA